CUUUUAAUAGCAGUAGUACAUGCAAAAAUGCAACUAGCCCCAAAGAUGACGAGUGACAGAGUCUGGGUCUUCCUUUCCUAGUUCCCUUCCCCCUUCCAUAAAAGCACCCCCGUCCCCCAAACCUCAAAAACCCACGACACCAUAAUUAACAAAGUGAACAUUAGAACAUACAAACAAAUUCGAAUUACAAUGAUGUCCUCAUCCCCGUUCCCUUCCUGCUUCCGCCCCUCCCCCACCACCGAAUCCCACCCUCCUCCUCCCCCUCCGCCGCCUCACUCCACAAUCUCCAACCUCACAAUCUACCACACCGACACAGGUCCGGUGUCCCUAACAUGGUCACGCUCCAUUGUAGGACGCUCCCUCCACAUUCAGCUCCACCAAAACCAAAACCCCUUAGAUUCCCCACCCUACCCUAACCCCACCACCCUCUCCUUCCACCACCACAUAAGACCCUUCCUCUUCUGGAAAAAACACGGUUCCAAAAAACUCGCCCCCGACACUUUCCUCUUCUGGAACCUCUCCAGAGCCAAAUUCGGCGCCGCCCCAGAACCCCUCUCGGGCUUCUACGUCGCCCUCGUCGUCCACAACCACAUGACCCUCCUCAUCGGCGAUUCCACCAAAGACGCGUUUUCCAAGUCCAAGGCCCGCCACCCUAACACGCCACAACUCCUCCUCCUCAAAAAAGAACACGUCUUCGCCGACAGGCUGUACACCACGCGCGCCACGUUCGGAGGCAAAGCGCGUGAGAUUCAGAUCGAUUGCGGCUACCACGACCACUCCAGGCUCUGCUUCAGCGUGGACGGAGAGAAGGUGCUGCAGAUUAAGCGGCUGAAGUGGAAGUUCAGAGGGAACGAGCGGGUCCAGGUUGACGGCGUGCACGUGCAAAUCUCGUGGGAUCUUUAUAACUGGCUGUUUGAUAAGAACAACAACAGCGCCGCCGACGCGCACGCCAUUUUCAUGUUUAAGUUCGAGGAGGACGAGGUUGAGGCGGUCGGGGAUAGGAACAACGUUGUCGGACUGUGGAAUUUGGGGGUUUCGGAAUGGGGCAAGACUUGGUCCUCUUCUUCGCUCUCGUCUUCCGGUGGGUCUUUCGGUGGAAGCUCUUCGGUUUUGGAAUGGUCCAGUGUGGAGGAGAAUGAGUUGGUCGUUCCCGUUGGUUUCUCUUUGCUCGUUUACGCUUGGAAACGCUGAAGGGGUACUAUUGGAAUUUUGAAUUGGUGUUUUCUUAUGUUAAAUGCUGCACUGCUAACUGAUUAGAAUUUAGGAUACAUGUGUGUGAUAUUUUCCCCCACUAACCCAUUUGUUUCGUGGACAUACAUAAUUAGAGGUUGCAUAAGUCGAAUUAGAAUGUAUAAGCAUAAGCAUGUGAGAAUCUAUUAGCGGAUUCGAACUUGAUAAUUGAUGUUUUACAGAUUCUUCUUUUGGAAGUAGAUGGGGCUCUGUUGUGAUUCUUUUUUUUUUUUUUUCUCUUUGCACUCGGUAUCUUGCUACCAUGCAAUGUAAAUUCUUUUUUGUAACUCAUUGUUUGCAGCCGAGAAUCAAAUUGAUUCGGGCGUGAUGAAACGAAUUUGUUGUUAGUUUGAUGUUAAUUCGUGACUUUCUCAA